AUGCGGCCCCUACGAUUGCUUUCCGCCCGUUCGGAUGGCACAUCGAACAAAUCGCCCGCCGCCCCCUCCUCUGUCACGUACUCUCUGACUACUCGCAGAGUGAAAUGUGGGACCUCAAACGAUCACUCGGCUGGUUCACGAAGCCGCCGCUCGUCUUCCUCUCAAGCUCACCAACACAACAGAGAUGUUACCGAGCGGGCAAAACGCCGGUCCUCCGCCCCAGCGGCCCAGCUCGACAUCGACCACACUGGCGACACGAAAUGUGGCGGGUAUAGCCAGACACGGGGCGAAGCGCACGACGAGAAGUGUGUCAACCACGGGGGAGUGGCCACGGCCUCAGACGACGGCUUACUCACUAGCAAUUUCGCCGACGACAAAAGUGGCCGCCGACGGAAUGUUGCCGAUAGACGUGUCGUUGUCCGCAUUAGGGGGCCUUCCCUCCGGACUGGCAAAAGUCUUGCACUAUGUGUGCACCCGGAAGACAACACUCGAGUGCUGUGCCACCGGGGGACUUGCUUGCAAGAGUUCCGCUUCAGUAGAGUUUUUUCGGACCCCGACAGGAACGAUGACGUUUAUCGAGAAAUUGGGGGGCAGCGUAUUGUUGAGGCCGUUGGCUUGGGCAUCAAGGAAACCAUUCUGGCAUAUGGACAGACAGGAAGUGGAAAGACUCACAGCUUGUUUGGAACGAAGAAGGAGAAGGGUCUAGUUCAGCAUUUCAUCCGCUCGCUAUUCGAGCAUAGAGCGAAGGCACGACUACAACAGACGAUUAGCGUGUGCGCAACCGAAAUUUUAGGCGAGAUUCUUUACGACCUGCUGCCGGAAUGGGAGAGUGACCGCCGAACCGGGGCUCCGUUGUUGGUUCGUCGGGAAGAAUGUUUCAUCAAGACGACUAAGUUUACAUACAAGGCAUUUACAGUCGACGACGAACAAGGCGCGCUCGACCUGCUGGAAGAAGCUCGCCAACAACGAAGGGUCGGCGAUUCUCAUUUGAACUCGAGAUCGAGUCGAUCCCACGCAAUCGUCCAGUUCUUCGUGCACACUCGCGUUUCAGAAGAGCGGGCCUCUGAACUCUUGAAGCGCCCAGUGAUUCCUGAGCGCCCAAUCGGCGAGUGCGCGUUUUACGGGGUGCUGACUCUGGUGGAUCUUGCCGGAUGUGAGCGCGAAGCGCCAUCGUACUUACCGCGAAAUCUCUACAGCUCCAAUACCGCCAGAGAAGAGAUGAAGUGGGGCUGCUGCAGCCGAACGUUGAAUGCCUCCAUUUCGACCCUCAAUCGGCUCAUUCGCAAAAUGCAAACUGGCACCCUGGACGAAUCUGAUCGUCGCCAGUCAGCCCUGAACAGGGUGCUGUUUGACUACCUCCAACCUGAGUGCGGGGUAUGCAUGCUUUUCUGCAUAAAUCCGGAGGCGUCGGAGCUCCAGGUGUCCCUGUCGACUCUCUCCAUUGCGUCUGAAUCUCGGCUCAUCCCCUGUUGGAGGCGGCAGUAUUUCCUUCCACUGGGCCCUCUCCGGGAGUAUUACCACGAAACAGUUCUUUAUCAGUCCACUGACCCCAUCACCGACUUGGUAAAAGCGCGCCAUCCGGUCAUGCGCGACUCCUUUCCCCCGUCCUGCGACUCACGCCGUCUCUCAUCCAGCGUCGUCGCGAGAAGCGCUGCGAGAGGGGAUGCCCGCUCUCUGUCUGUUCCAAUGUUUCGCGCCGAUGAAAGGCAUAAGCGAGCGACGAAAGACGGGGAGGGCGCCAUCUCCGGUGAGAGGUUGUUUCCGGAUGUGUCAGAGCGCGAAGAGCCUCCGUCCUCCAAAUUCGGACGAGGAAGCUAUUCAGACGUUUCCAGCUUGUCUUCUCCAACGGUGGCGCUGGGGUGCACAGAGGAUUCGGCCGAGUCUCGAGACGCGGUCUCGGACCCAUGGCUACUCAAACUCAGGACACAAACCUCCUCAACGACUGCGGGUGCCGGCGACGUGUCCCUUCAAAAAACAUCGGGAACGCAAACGGAAUCGACCGACCUCGUUCGCCCCGUCGCAAGCACUUGUGAGGAUCAGCAGGCCGAAGGCAUCACGCUUCUUCACGACAAGCCUGUCAGUACGCCCUGCGGUUCAGGCUUGUUCCACGUUUCAGUUGUAAACCCAGAGGCCCUCAACGAGAGCCUCCGAGAUGCAAAGUCUCUCACGCCUCAGGUUCUUCACAAAGCCUUGACAGAAAACGGCAGCUUCUGUCAGCUACUCGGGCAGCCGCUCAAUACGAACGCUAACAGCGCCCUCGAAGACGUUGCAGCAGCGUGGCGUUCAUCUGAGCAAGCAGAUCAGCAGGCUGAUGGUGCUGCCGGAAACCCGACGAUGAACAUGUUCAUUUUACUUCCGGCCUCAACAAGCCUAUUCCUGCCAACUCACGAAGGACGAACGAAACCCCCCUUCUGCAGGGACGAGUGCCCACGAAAGCCUGCGAACGCGGAACCUCGAGCUGGCAGUGCGUCGUCUCCUAUGGACGGCACCGAAGGCAACAAGCUUGCGCCGCUUCAGAAGACUCGGGCGCAUGAAAACCACUCUUCGGGUCCUCCUUCGCGUUAUGCGGAAACGAGCGGUGGCUCGCUUGGUGGAGUCCUGCACACUGAGGGCGCAGCUGAAGCCGCCGUCUGCCACCCUGCAUCCGUCCAGCCAGGCGACGAUUGGGAAGAUCCCUCGAAGCAGAUUCCGUCGCUCGUCGGGGGCCGCUCGACUUCUUCCGGCGGUUCCUCGUCCACACUGGAGUCCUCACAGCAGGCCCGACACCCGUCCCAGCCUCCCUCGUCAGCCGCCCCGCCGAGGAGUCUCCGCGCAGCGGAAGAAGCGACGCCUAGAUCCUUGUCCGCUCAGCGCCUUUCGUCCCGGAUUUCUGAGACUGCUGCUAGCCCGUCCUAUUCUCUCAGGAUGCUGUCGUCUCUCCUGCCCACGGGUUGCCGGCAGUCGGCGCCGACCCCGCCGGAAGCGCAAGAGGCCGUCGAGAGCCUCCCACAUGGAACAGUUCGUGCCACAGAGGCAGACGCUCCCCACACCACAGUGUGUGACUCGCCGGCGGAGCGCCACCCCGCACUGUGGGACGAGCGAGCUGAACUGAAGGGAGGUCUCCGCAGCCGCGCGCGACUUCCUUUGGCGGCAACUGCAUCCGUCAGCGAUUCAGGAGACGCCUGGCCUCGGGUCGGCGCAUCGGAGCGGCGCCGUCACGGCGGGGCUCCCCAGAGUCAGUGCCCGGCGCCGAGACAGAAAAACGGGUGCUGGACAGAUCUCAAACAGAGCACUCCGCCAGUGGGGUCGCCCUCCCAAGGGCGCAGUGCACGGCCAGAACGAGGCCCGCGGAGUCUUCAAGCAUCGACCACAGUGACGCACAAGUCUCCAGCUGACUGCGCUGCCGCUUGCGAACAGAAGGGCUCGUCUGACCACUUGGUCGGCUUAGCCGCGGACGCACCUGCGCCGGGGACUCCAUGUGAGAGCUCGAACCCACCCCCAGUCCGCUGUUGCUGCUUGAAGCAGCGAAAGGGGCUAUGGCGUCUGCAUCAGCUGCGGAAGGAACAGCAGCGCCGCGAAGAACAGCUGAUUCAGGCGCAAAUCGACUUAAUUGAAAAACAGCUCCUGGCGCUCACUCCACAGCCAGGCUUGCUGCCGCAGCCUGCUACCACGGGCAGCAGCCCUCAGUCGAUAGACGCAUGCGUUUCGAGUCCCUCCGUUGCAGACGCGCUCCUGGCGGCUCGCCAGAUGCUCCUGAGUUCGCCGCGGUGCCUUGUGCGUCCUAGAACAAGUCUUGCCUGCCCUGUCGCUCGAUGUGAAUCAUACUACCAGGGCAACGCUGCCAGUGCGCCGGAAUCUGCCGCUUUCUCGAUGCCUCCCUUGCUGCUUGACCACUCCUGUCACCUGGCGUCUGGCUGCGUCGAACAAGAAGCAUUGAGCCGUCACUUUGGACCGCCACAAGCUCAUGCGAAAGAGGAGGAGAGCAAGAGAGGAGCGACAUCAAGAAAUGGUGCACGAUGCAUAGCUGUCCCCGCCCCCCCUGACGAGAGCCAGACGCAGCAAGACCCUACGGUUGCGCAGCAGGCCGUGGUCGCCUGUGGAUACGAGGCAGCCGACUCGCAGUUUCCCUCGAACCCAGCUUCCAGCUUCGGCUGGCUGCGGAUGGACGCUACAGGCGCCGCAGAGGAAGCGGAUUACUGCAUCGGCGUGGAAACAGCGGCGCACAGGCGUCCACGUUCUGUCAAGGCCUACGCGACAGAAACGAGAGAAAAAUGGAUGUUCGUCUCUCCCCCGGCACAGUGCGCGUCUUCUCUGCCCGGCAGGGACUUCACACUCGAGGGAGAUGCAAGACACGCUCGUAGAGCACAACGAGAGUCUCAAGGCACACAGGGCGCUUCUUUGAGUCAGAUAGAGGCUGCGAGUGGAGGCGUCUGCCAGCGAAGUCGCGUCCCGACGCCCGUAGGACACGUAGACAGGGGCAGCCAGGGGUCUGGAGCAUCCCCAGGGAACGGCACGGAGAAAGCGUUCGGUGGAAGUAAGGGAGCGAACCCAUGUUCUGCCGUACAUGCAUCUGCAGACGGCAUCGAUCCCCAUGGUUCAGGGAUGCCAAGGUCCAGCCCCGUCCUACGAGACGGCAAGAGGACGCUCUCUUUGUCGCAGGAACGCUUGCGGCUUCGGAACGCUCAGCCUGGGCAUCCGAGAGACGCUGCGGCGCCCGGCUCUUUCAGCUCUCGAGAUUUCGUGCACCGUGUGUCUUUACCUGUCAAUCCGCCUUUCCUGGAGCAGGGCGUGGAAGCCCGCAGGAGCGCCAGUAAAUCCCUCUCUUCUCCGCUGGCAGCGGCGGAACUUAAGCUCAAAUGCGUGGGCUCGCUACGCAGAAGCACAAAGAAGAGCCAGUCUUCUUCUGCAGCUGGCUCCGUAGACAUUCAAGGACAAUCGUGA